UAUUAACUUUUAGGGUUUUCUUCCCCAAACCGUAGCUUUUAUUCAAUUUCCAUUUCUGCAGGCGAAUCUUGAAGAAAUCAAAUUUCAGGUUUUUGGAAGCAUUUCCUUAUUUUGGUUUCAGUACCAUUGGUAGGUGACGAAGCGAGCAACAAGGCCUAUUCCAGAACAAGUCACAGUGCCAACCAUGUCCUCCACCACUCAUCGCCGCCGCCCUAGAACCUGACGCAACUCUGCGGCGCACUGGCGUCCAACGAUUCGACGAGCCACAAUGGCCUGCUGCCGGGCCUUGCCGAGCCGGACGACGGUCCGCGUGGGUACGCCAAGUUCGGGAACAUGGUUCGGAUUCGGUUGAAUUCUCAGUCCAAGGACGAUAGGAGAGAGAUUAAGGGGAAGCUGAUGGGUGAGCUCGAGCAAGUCAGGCGCUUGGUGAAGAAUCUUGAAGCUAAGGAGGUUGAUCUUGGUGACAGGUAUGGUCAAUCGCAAUUUUCGGCUAAUUAUGCGGUAGAUAAUGUUAAACCUACAAUGAGGGUCAACUCGGAGGCAGGUUCUGUAGGACUCCGUGAUUCGGGGCUGAAUCGGGGUUUGAGUGUUUCGGUUGCAGAGAAUAUGAAUGGGGUUGGUCGGUUUGUGGAGAAAGAGAUAGUGAAGAAGAGGCCGAAGACAAAUCAGUGUUCGGAGUUUCCAAUUGGGAAGGGAAAGUUACCGCCUUCGGGGAGUAGCAAGAAGUUGAAACCCAAUGGAGGGGGGAGAGGUGGGGGUGGAGGAGAGCCUUGGUUCAGGUCAGGUAAGAAUCCGAGUAAAAUGUUCAAGAAUUGUUGUGCUUUGCUAGACAAGUUGAUGAAGCAUAAGUUUGGCUGGGUGUUUAAUAAGCCUGUUGAUGCGAAGAUGCUUGGUCUUCAUGAUUACUUUAAGAUUGUUAAGAAACCGAUGGAUUUGGGCACGGUGAGGACGAGGCUGAACGAGAAUUGGUAUAAGACGCCUGAGGAAUUUGCAGAGGAUGUGAGACUUACAUUUAAUAAUGCAAUGUUGUAUAACCCGAAAGAGCAGGAUGUUCAUCUUAUGGCAGACCAAUUGUUGAAGAUGUUUGAAGCCAAGUGGACCGAUAUAGAGGCUGAGUAUAAUCUCAAUCUGAGAAAUGGAUUGGGUAAUACUUCAAAUUUCACAACACCUCUUUCAAGAAAGGUUGAAGCUCCUGUUCCUCUUCCGGCAUCAAAUAUGAGGACUUUGGAUAGAGCAGAAUCUACGACAAAGCCUGUUGAUCCCAAGUUGAAACCUGUGGGUUCUGGUCAUUCAGGUAGGGUAUCAGUUCCAAAGAAACCAAAAGCUAGGGACCCCGACAAAAGGGAUAUGACUUAUGAGGAGAAGCAGAGGCUCAGCGCAAGCCUUAUGACUUUGCCUUCUGAGAAACUAGAUAACGUUGUGAAGAUUAUUAGGAAGAGGAACCCAGGGCCUUUUCAGCAAGAGGAUGAGAUUGAGGUGGACAUUGGUAGUGUUGAUCCUGAAACGCUUUGGGAACUGGAUAGGUUUGUGACUAAUUACAAAAAAAGCUUGAGCAAAGUUAACAGAAACGUGGAGCUUGGUCCUAAAUCAAUAGCAGAGCCCAGCGAUGCCAUCCAGGAGAUGACUGUAGAACCAACCACUACAGUUGCAGCAAAAGACGCCAACGCAGAAGAGGAAAACAACAGUAAUGCCUUUUCCCCUGUUCGAAGAGAGCAAGGUGAUAAUGUGAGUGGAUCAAGUAGUUCUAGGAGUGAUUCUGAAUCCUCUUCAAGUGAUUCUGACAAUGAAAGUUCCUCCGGUGUUGAAUCAGAUUCAAAUCAUUGACCUAGGACUUGAAUUGAUUUAGUUGAGAUCUUUUGCGAAGUUUUUUGUUCGACCUGGGAUAUAGUUGGUGUAGAUCAAAGCAUCCAAAGCGGGUCAACUGCUGCUCCUGAUCAGAGUUCGUCGAAGGUGUACAUUGAUGUAGGAAGGUAAAUUAAUUAGUUGUUGAUUAGGGAAGACAUUGUAUGAAAGUCGUAGAACGAACAAUUAUGAUGGCAGGAAACAGUUUGUAUGAAAAAUGUGUACGAGUGGAAACUUCAAGCUACUUGCUCAUCAUUUCCUUUUAAAAAGUGAUAUGUUAGAAGUUGUUUUUAUGGUUGUGCUUCUGACUCGUCUUAGUGCACACCCUUCUGGUUUCUUUACCUGGUCUUGGGGUCACUCUGGUUUUGUUAUCUGUAGUCCAAGAAUUUAAUUUGGGGUUGGUGAUUACACCGGAGUAUAGUAGAAUUUUCGUCGAACUAAACUGAUGAGUUCUCCAACGAUGUAUCACUUUUUGAGUACGUCAAUGAAAAGUAAUAAUUCGUC